AGAACCCCGGGUGGUCGAAAUUUCCGGAACCCUCCACGGUAUAUAAAGUUAACAGUUCAGCACGCAGCUUUCUUCUGUUGGUUACCUGCAUAUGAUAGUGAUGCAAGAAAGGUUUGUUUAUUGAUGGGACAAAAGUAUUUUUUAAAGCAAAUAAUGUCCACUUUUUCUGUCAGUCGAUAACACUGCCACAAAGGCACUCAAGAGGAUGUAAGAAAAAAAACUGCCUGGCCUGUGCAAAGCACGCAGCACAGUCACAGCAAAAGUGGGAAGAGCAGCCUUUCAGAACCUUUUCAGAACACCCUCUGGGUAAUUGCUACAAGAACACUUGGUGGGUACCCACUAUGCCAAUAAUCAUAAUAAUUUUUGUGUAGUAGGCCAGCAUUCGCUAUGCUAUCCUUUGUCAUUCUUCGGAGAAGUGUUGUACCCACCAGACACUUGCAAGAAAUUUUGUGCAAAGUUUUUAUGCAGUGGAUGACGACGAAGAAUUAUGCCUGAUGUGGGUAUGCGCCACAGUUAACAGGUGAUCACGAACAAGCUUUUGUGUUGACUUGAUGCAUUGGAUGACCCACUCGUUACACAAUUUGCAUCCGGUGACGGCUGGUUGUUCCUUUGCUUUAAAACGCUUUAUGACUCAUGCUAACUCAAUAUCUUCCCCGACAUCAAGCCUUCCCCGACAUCAAGGCAAGUUUUCAAUGGUGCUUCAAGCACGGGCAUUACUGUGCGGUAGAAUACUAGGCUGCCAUGCAGAGGACCUGGGUUCGAAUCCCAGUGUGUCCUUGGUGUUUUUGUUUAUCAAGUUCUUUUUCUUAUUUCAUGGAAUAGUGGUUACGGACACCGGUGGUGGUAGUGGCGGACAACUACGGCGCCACACACAACCCUCUUAUAACAGUUUUCGCUAUUUAAAAAAAGACAUUUUGCAUUAACAUACUAUAUAACUGGGGAACAUGAUCUGGAUUAAUUGACCGUCUGGAUUCUUUAAAGUGAACUCAAGUCAUAUUGCCCAAAGUUCAAGUUGCACACGGCGACUCAAGUGUAAUUACCUCCGUGACACUUCGUGUUCUGUUCUUUUAAGGAACAAUUUAUGUACCGAAUUUUGGAACUUACUUUAAAGGAAUAUUUCACUGUACCUAGCGGGACCAGCGCUGUACAAUAAAAAUAUAUUUAAAGCACAAUUCAAACUCAUUGCAUAAUCGUUAAGCAGUGCUGCAGUUACACACACAGCAAGCAAAAUUUAGUUUAUUAACGAGUCACUAAAACGCUGCAAUCGAACGAUAUAUAAUAUUCUUCAUGCUUGGGAUGACACCAAGGGCACUACGCUUCAACUGCAAAGCAGCACCUAUGCGGAAAUGUUCCAGGCGAAUUGACGGUAUGAUGACAAUACACAGCACUCUCAACAAGUGUGCGAACUAAUUAUAUUGCAGAGCAUAUGCAGCUGAACAAGGUCAAAUGCUUUUGUAGAUAGUGCCAGGCAAACGUACAAGCAGGUAAAAUUGUGCUGACAGAGCAGGAUAAACCUCCAUUUGCAGAUGAACAUCACGUACGCGUGUGUUCUAGCCUUGUGUGGCUAGCAGAUGAAGCAGGGAGCAAUCCUCAUUAAGCGUGCUUCAACCAGUGGCCGUUAGACAGCGACUAAGCUCAAUCUCGAAAUCGAAUAGCAGCACACAGGAAGUCUUCAUUGAAAAAAGAUGCCAAUGCAGUGCUCAUGUGCACGUAGUUUUGUGUGCUUAUGCAGCCAGCUAUGCUUACAUGGAAACCACUCUGGGUCCCGCUUCACUAUGCCCUCUAUAGAAGCGAAACUGCGACUGGGUGCUAUAAAACUAUUCCAAGUAAUUCACCAUUGUGCGCUUGAGCAAGCGAGCCUUCCUACCUUCAUGAGUGGCUCGCUAGCUACUUACAGGAACAGAAAAAAGAACAAGAUACAAAAUUGUUGUGUCUAUGCUCUCCUUACCCUUCUUCUGAUGACUCCUUUUUUCUUGUGUUCCAGGUUUGCACAUGCAUUCCACAGCAUCAAGAUGAUGUUUUUAGUGCCGUGGUGGAGUGCUUCGCAGUGUGUACCUCUCUUCAGUGAAUAUGUGGCCCAAAAAAUCUUUCCUUGCCUACUAUAGCUAAGGCCAGCAUUGAUGCAAUGUGCUUACAUAGAUGCCUGUGACUGCAUUGCGCAACAUCAUGCCACGAUUGGUGCCUCCUGGCACACAAGGAAGUGGUGUAGGCACCCAGUUGAACACCCAAGCUUACAUGGGGGAUUCCAAAGAGCAGCAUGGUUCCUACAACUCACCACAGCAUGGCAGCGAUAGCCCACGUGUGGCCAGCAACCAGUCACGCAAGAGAGGAAACUUCAAGUGCCGCUACUGUGGCCGUACUUUCGUCUACAUGACACCAUUCAUCGCCCACGAAUAUGCGCACGCAAACGAGAAGCGCUUUCUGUGCAGCUUCUGCCCCCAGGGCUUCGUCACUCGCCAGCUGCUGACAGUUCAUCUGCGCGUCCACAAGGAUGAGAUACUUGCCAACGACGAUCCUGUGCCAUAGGAGUGCAUUGGAACGGUGAUUCCGUGGCUUCAGACUAGGUAAAUUCGCUGAAGCAGCCUUCAUGGACAGGAAAGCCCUUCUACUACCUGGACCAACCUUUGAUUGUUCUAUUUUCUCUAGUGAUUCAAGACCAACUAAAGUUCAUUAUGCCAUGUUGUGUACUAACAACAGCCUGCUAAGUUGGUGUAACUGGCUGUGCACACCAUCUGAAUGUGGAGUUGUGCUGCGAUGUCGUGACUGCGAUUGUCACCUUGCGGAUUUGUGCGGUGGAUCUUCAUUGAUUCACGUACAUCGGUCCACAUGUGCCAUCUGCUAUCUUUUGCAUGCGAUGUUUUCUUUUGCCUAAUAUGCAGAAACUACUUAUGUACUCUUGGAGUGGUUUGUGGUGCAAGGUUUGUCUACGAAACCUCCUGAGCUCAACAAUUUUCUUUAAGCCGGAAGGGAAGCAAACAAGCGGACUUGCUUUUUCCAGGGCUAAUGAUUCAUUAUUUUGAAAGCUGUCAGUCACUGUGCUACCUGAGUUGCAGCAGACAGCAACUACAGUGGCACUAUGUGGCAGAAGUGAGCUGUCUGAUCUCUGAAAAACUUUGUAACAGCAUGAUGUGGUGCAACCCACAUCUGCCUUCAAGUUCUUUGGCAUGAGGCUUUUGGCAGGCUGUGCAGCUUCCUCAAUCUGUUAAAUAUUUUGUUUUGCGUGUGUAUGUGUUAUGAAGUCAUGCAUGGUGCAGCUGGCAUUUGCUCUAUUAGCAUCGGACUGGUGAUGAUUUUGCCGUCACCAAUACUAGUGCAGAAGUGCUUGUCUGGCUAAAGCAAUGCAGUGGCAAGCAAUUUGUAACAUAGAUUUUGGUAAAGACAUGCUUUUUGUUGUUACGUUAUUGUGCACCGCGUGAAAGAAGAAGACUUGGGAGACGAGCAACUACGCGAACACAAGCUCAAACUUUAGACUAAAUUUGUUGGACAGACACAAUGCUUUUAUGCAGUUGCUUUUCUUGGUUACAACAAAACAUUUACAAAUGGUUAUUUACGAGAAAUAUAAGCAUUACAAUACCAAUAACCACUCAUGCCGAGGAAACAUGCAACUACUGCACAUCCUGCAUUAUGAGUUCAGAUACAUUAGUAUGUUCGUCUGCAUUAGUCCCAAUGAAGCCAGACUGAUGCAGUCAUUCCCCAGGCAAAUAAUCUUGGAUGCCUCAAUGAUUUUGCUCGUCAUCUGAUUACAGUGCUUAGCGACCAUUUCAGUUUUACACAACUUUGGCUGGCAUCUAUGCCAGUUCUAUGCUUUGACUGCUUCUCUUGUUUUUUGUUGACUAGUUUUCAUUUGUAAUGUGAUGGCCUGCUGUUUUGAUAUUUUGUAUGGAUAGUCUGUUUAUUCAUGUAAUGCAUCAGCAUGAAACUCUAUAAGCCAACUCAGAAAACAUUGUGGCCACUAGGCGUUAAUGAGUAGCCAAAUGGAUGUGGCCCUCUAGAAACUGUGUGAUACCGUUCUACCGAGCAUCUUAUGCCUUGUUGCAUGUUUACGAUUCCGAAUUCUGUGUGGGUGAUCUGUGAGCAAAGUGCCUUGUCAAAAGUUAUGCUGCUCACUCUCCCUGGCUUUACUGGAAGUAUCUAUCUUCCACAAAUAAAUUGAAGGCAGCACCUUCUUUUUGAAUGUGUCCAAUAGGAUUGCAUAGGUUGACCAGCUUUGUGCAUGAACACAAGUCAGAACUGGGUUGUGGUGUUUCCCUCAUAUAACGGACGAGAGCUCGUGCACCCUAGUUUUUCAGUUGUAUGUGUGCAGCUUGGGAGUUGUCUGUGAGGAAUGGAGCACCAAUGAUGUGUUGCCUGUAAACUCUGGCUUGAAGAGAAGCAGCCACAAAGUUGUUAACAUGCGAGGGACCCAUGCAGCUGGCGGCACCAUGUUAGUUCAUUCAUUUUUUUUUUUCUGAGCUGCAAACAGUUAUAGAGAGGUCACUCUUUAGGCCUAACUCCACGAAUUCGUUAAAGCGCAUCAGCGAGUACGUUUUUGACUUGGCAUCGUGCCCUCCUCCUUAAAGAGAAAGGUCAUGUGGCUACCCGAAGCUGCGCGCUCUGUCUCUCGAUAUGAGAGAGGGCUUGGCGCCGACGCACUGCAACAACUACGUUGGGUCAGGCCUUUAGUGAUACAGCGGUCUUUGAAAGCACCAAUUUGCUCUUCCAUUCUGUUAAGCAAAAGCUGAUGAAGUAGAUCGCACUCUUUAGAAGCAGCAUUGCCAUCCUGCAGCAUAAACAAGUCAGUAAUACCUUGGAGUUGAGUGAGUGCUCACUUUGGAUGGCCAUUGUAAGUGUUAAAAAAGUCCAUUUCAUGGUGUUUGUGGAUCAGCCCUGUUAUAGAUGGCUGUCUUAGUUUGGCCAUUUGUUUGAUAAAGUUGUUUGGUAGAGGCCUGUGAUUUGUCAAACGAAGGAUUGCUUUUACAAAUACAUCCAACAUACUUCUAAAGAAAAACACUAUAAAAAAAAAAACGAUUUCCUGGCUUACCCUGGUUCAAUAAAUUAUGGUGUUUCUUGCAUGGGAAACUGCAAAAUGGCCGCCUGUAUAUUUCUGAACAAAUCAGUUUUCAGAGAUGUAAAGUGCUAUUGUAGCAGCAAUGAAUCAAGUCUUGUAACUGGCAGCCCAGGUAGAUUAAGGAUGUCGUACACUGGCGAAAUCAAGUUAAGUGUAUCUGUUCAGACUUGCCGAGUUCUCACAAUUGUAGUUUGUAGACGGCUGCGUUUGACCAGGAACAAGUUAUAGAUCUGUGACAGCUACAAAUUUUACUAGCCCAACUACUUACUGUUCAACUUAGUUACAUAUUAUAUUGAAGGGUGAUACACUGCUUGAUUGCAUCAAUCAUAAAUGACAGGCUUGUGUAUGAACAAGUAUUGAAUUGCCCAUGUAUAGUUCGUGCUAAAAUAGAGCAAGUGUUGCCAUUUGCCUAGCAUUGCAACAUUAUGUGAAUUAUUGAUCACACCUUCUUUUUCGUUCUUUCUGUUUUUGCCAUAAGCAUCAAAGUUGUUUUCAUACAGAAGCGCACGUAUGUUUUUCAGUAUGUGGUCUUGGUCACAAUGCUGUAAUUUGCAUCGAGAGAUGACUGGAUGUUACAUUCUUUUAUUAUUACUUCUGCAUUUGUUUUUUCUACAUAUACUUUUGCAGAGUGCCCACUUCCUCAUGUCGAACUGUUUGCCACAAUUUUGCUCGGAAACCACAGUGCAGCAACACUAGGCAUGAGGGGGGUCAGCCAUAGCCCGCAUUUGGGGCUGUGCUCGUGACUAUGCCCUAGGUCACUUUUAUUGCAGAAAUAAUUUACAUUUCUGCUCACUCGCAUGAUUUGCGUUCUGACACCUGUCAAGGGGCAGCUUAUUUGUUCGUAUCAAUGAGUGAUUAUUGCUGUAUUUGGCAUAUUUACCAGUUUUUGUGUGAGGGACUCACACAUAUACAAUCUGUGCUAAGUUGUAGCUUUCAGGAUAAUGUAACAGGACUGAGCACACUGGUUUUUUUGGAACCAAUUCUGUUCCUUUAUUUCUUGUCAUUCCUAUUAAAAAUUUCUGCACAAAGUUUGAAUUGAAUGGAAAAUGGAGACUCGAAGAGAUGAAAAAUUCUUGAACCAGUGGUGUCACUGUUGCUGUAGGUGAGUUUUCCAUAUGGACAAAGUUUAACAUACAUAUAUUUGGUGUAGUUGACUAGAAUGCUUUUGUGCCAUGCUCUCUCUUUGUACGUUACACAGGCUAAGUGCAACACGUUAGUUAGUUACAAUGUUGCCUCCUCUUUUGCGUUCUUGCACUUCAAUGCUUUUAGUGUUUUGUUUUGUGUAAUGCAUAUGUGGGCUUGGGUAUUUCAUAAAGUUGUAAUUGUCAGUGUUUAGAUCCCCUUUGAAAGCAAAGUAUAUAGGCAAGGGCCAUAAUUAAGGUGUCAUUGCACUGUGCCCAAAUGUUUCAAUAAAAUGCUUGGUUAUCCUCUCUGUUGACAA